AUGUCGCGCUCCUUCUAUGUGGACUCGCUGAUCGUGAAGGACUCGACGGCGCGGCCGGCGCCCCCCGUGCCCGAGGCGGCCCCUCCGCCCGGCGCGGACUUCUUGGUGCCGCUGGGCGUGCCGGCGCCGCUGGUGCUGUCGGUGGGCGGCGGGGCGGGCUGCCCGUCGCGCAAGAGCGGCGCCUUCUGCGUGUGCCCGCUGUGUGUCACCUCGCACCUGCACGCCUCGGCCCGGGCCGGCGCGGCCGGGGGAGCCCCGACGGGCGGCGGCGGCGGCGGCGGCGGCCUCCCCCUGCUCAAGGGCCACUUCCCGCCCGUCGGGGCGGCCGGCGGCGCCGAAGGCCACUACUGUCCCCGCCUGGCCCAUGCCCAGCAGCCGCCCGCCCCGCAGCAGCAGGCGGCCCACGCCCUGGCCCACCCGCCCGUCUGCGCCGCCGCCGCCGCCGCCGCCUACAGCAUGAGCGACCCCCGGCGAUUCCACUGCCUCGGCAUGGGGGCUUCCGACGGCGGCCAGCUGGCCAACGGCAAGCGGAUGCGGACGGCCUUCACCAGCACGCAGCUGCUGGAGCUGGAGCGCGAGUUCUCCUCCAACAUGUACCUGUCCCGCUUGCGGCGCAUCGAGAUCGCCACCUACCUCAACCUGUCCGAGAAGCAGGUGAAGAUCUGGUUCCAGAACCGGCGGGUGAAGCACAAGAAGGAAGGCAAGGGCGCCCAGCGCAACACCCACGGCGGCUGCAGCUGCGCCGGCAACCCGGGGCGCUUCCCCAGGUCGGAGGACGAGGAGUCCCUCUCACCGGCCUCGGCCAACGAGGACAAAGAUAUCUCGCCUUUAUGA